CGUUAGAAAUUCCUUUACACGAAAGAAACUUUAUGGUUUCUUUAGCAUAUGUUUUACAUUGUAAAGUGCCGCUUACAAGCGAUCUCGUCGAAUAACAUGGCUACCGWGGGGAAGAGGUUUUUUUGGCUGAGUGCUGGCGUUUUAACAGGAGUUGGAGUGAGUUUSUGCAUUUCAGAACUUCGAAGAAGAAUUCGCCAUAACUCAACAAGACAUACACUCGCAGAAAUUCAAGAUGCGAUYGCUUUGGAGGACUUGGCAGCGCUUGCCCGCUCGCCAAACAUCUCCCUAAAGCGCAGCGCUGAACAAGUGAUCCUUGAACGAGCAAUGAAGGAUAAAAACUUGGAGUUUAUCGUGAACGCUUGUACAACAACGUCGGACGAAGUUCAAGUGCUAAAAGGCAUAACAGUUGUUGGUGUUUUGGUCAAGAGCUCAGAGUUCAGAACCAAGUUAAUCGCUUUUAAGGUGAUUGAAACUYUKGCUCAGUGCUUGGACUAUUCAAUCGAUCCAGGGUACAAGAAACUAGAGGCMACCGGUGGAAGGCACGUCAAAGUACAGCGUGUCAUCAUAUCUGCUCUGUUUGACCUAGUUUGUGACGAUGAUCGCCUAAAAAACAGACUCAGCGAGGCAACUCCGACCGUUAUCUCGUCAAUUCUUUAUCUAAUGAGCAAGGCGCGCAGUAAAGAGAUAAUGCGUUGGUCAAUUUUUGUCAUUCAUCAACUCUCUCUUUGCGAUACUGUGCGUCCGAAGCUAGUAGAUGACAACGUCAUWACUAUUGUAGCGCAGGUAUUUGUAAAAAACCGCGGCGAUAGCGUCCUGAUGAGACUUUGUCUUCAGACUCUUGUAAUGUGCGCUAACAGCAAUGAAGAAGGCGAGAUACAAGCUUUGCACGAGAUGGCGAAGUACAAUGUCAUCCAGCCUGCGGUGGCAGCUUUGAAAUCAGAUGACAGUGACCUGGUCUACUGGGCAACUGCCUUGGUYCAUGAAUAUUCUGUCAAAGAUUUAUACAAAGCUGAAAUCUGUGCAAUACCAAAUAUCRUUAAYACUCUCCAGGGUGUGUUAGCGACUAGUGAAGCUGUUCUUCAGAGAAUUGUGCUCAGAGUCAUCAGUUUUCUUUGCYUGGGAGACCAGGAAUUUCGAAACAAAGUGUUGAAUUGUAAUUCUAUUUUGAAGAGAUUGGUUGUGUGCUUUGCAUCUGGUGAUCCUGAUGUUGUACAUUGGGCUGUUGUUCUUUUUCAUGAUCUUCUUUUGUCGUCAGGAAGUUCUGGUUCUUCUUCCAAGGAGUUGGCCGAGAAAAUGAUAAACGUUUGUGAGAACAUCAUAAAAGCUCUUGUUGCUUUAACAGACCGCAAAGAYAAUGGUCUAAUMAGAGUUGUGGCAGAAAUCAUUGGUUUCUUCUCUUCUGUUGAUUUUCCAUCAGAAAGCCUUCAAAAGCAUUUGAUUAAUGAUGGGGCACUCAAUGCYGUGAUCACAUUCCUUCAGUCUUCUGAUUCAGAGCUUCAGCUUUGGUCAUCGGCUCUUUUACUCAACUUGUGUAUGACGUCAGACUCUGUCAAGGAAGAGRUAAUUCGUCUCGGAGGCAUUAAACCUCUUAUUGAGCUGGCAAUAAUGGAAAGUGACCAACAYCCAGUUGCUGCUCAGUCAGCAAAAACGCUUGUGAUGUUAGGCUUUGUAGACCAAUCUGUUCCAGUGAAACUAGAGAUUUCUCAACACAACAGUAAUCGAAUAGCAAGGAUUCUUUUUGAUGGAAAGCUAUACAACUUUGAGAAAAGUGGAUUCAACAUCUGUGUUCUAGACUUUCUCACCUUUAAAAUCACCGAUGUWUUGUCRUAUGAUACUGGCCAUGAUAGUUCUGCAGCUGCCAGGCUUAUAGAGGGCAUUGGUGCUAUACCUUAUGGUUCUUUAGUAUUUGUUCUGUGUAGUGGAAUGGUGAAUAAUUACAUGACAUUUGAGGCCUCUGAAUCUCUAAGGGAGAUAGGAAUUGUUAAAUAUGACUUCAAAAGUAAUGAGCCUUGGGCAUAUGUUGGGCAAAAAAGAGAAGGUUUAGGUGAACAGAUAGCAAUUUUCUGCGAUAACGAUCAUGUUGUGCUGAAAGCUGAAAUCGCUCUAGGUCGUUAUGUGAAUGAACUGGUAUUGACAAGCUUACUUCUGCCAAUAAUUGAACUUAUGAUGAGCUCUCCACCAUCUAGUGCUAUUAGUAAGGUAUCUGAGUUGGAGCUGUUGACCAUUAUGGCCAGGCACGAUGAUCACAAACAAGUUAUGGUUCUUCAAAAAGGUUUUCUGAAAUACCUGGCUGACUUGUGUUGGAAUGUCUCAAGUAAUUCUGCCGAGUAUYUGCGUGAAAACCCAAUGUUUAUUGCACACUGUAUUGGCGCUUUAAAGAUUAUUAGUAGCAUAAGCAUUGCAGAGUCUUUCAAUGAACAACUCCUGGCUUCUGGGGUUCUUGGUGCUGCGUUGGCUUUACUGUACUUUGUAAAUGAAGUCUCUCUCUCAAAAGUUAAUCAGGCAACUGCAGAGAAACUUUCAACAUUGUCCUCCAAACAAGACACAGAGGAAUUUUAUGAGCAAUCACAAACAACAGUAACUAGUUUUCUGUUUCCUCGUAGACAUUCAGCAGAGGACGUUUCCUUUGAUGAACGCAAACAACCUCUGACUCCAGGUAGYCAUUCUGACACCAGUUCCACCCCUGAGGACUUUGAAGAUGCRUUUUGCACUAUUGUACGUCUGGCUGUAACCACCAUCUACAACAGCAUGGGACUCUUUGCUGGGAUUGAGGAAUCACGCGGCUCUCUUUUUAAGUCAGGAACWCUACAAACUCUUUGGUGCACACUGCUUACCAGUAAUGAAACAACACUGGCUCAAAUUGGGCUCCCAAUUGAAGCAUUGCUGAACUGCUUUGGUUCUAUGGGAAUAACUGAGAAGGGWGCUCUGGAGAAUGUAGUGGAGCUAGAUGACAGAUCAAAGACAGCAGCUCUUAUUCUCAGUGCUGAUCACCUAGAGGUAUACAAUCUAAACUGGACAUUUGAAAGUAUUCGAGCAACAACAUAUGUCGGGAGGAUGGACUAUCAAAACUGCCCUCACCCUGAUGGUUGGUACUAUGAAGUCACACUAAGAUCUAAUGGAAUAUUGCAAAUCGGUUGGCAGACUGAAGGAUGCCGCUAUGGACCCGAGAAAGGUGUUGGUGUUGGUGAUGACUACAAUUCUUGUGCAUUUGAUGGAGCCCGUUGCAAGGUCUGGAAUGGUCCAGCUUCAGAGCAUAGCGACAAUGACUAUGGAACUGAAUGGCAAGAUGGUGACAUACUGAGCUGUCUAUGCUCAUGGGAAGGUGACAUGUCAUUUUGGAUUAAUGGUGUAGACCAGGGCAUAGCAUUUAGCAAAAUGAACACAUAUCUCAAUUGGUAUCCAGCUGYCUCACUUGCUAUGGACCAGCACUGYGUUUUCAACUUUGGACGAAAACCUUUCAGAUACACAUUGCCUCAUGGAUAUGUGCCGAUUAGGAGAAUUAACACCAAAAAUUUCCAACAAAGGCCUUUUUCUCCUCUUACUUCAUGCUGGUCACCAAUGACUGAAAAUCUUGAUCCAAUAGAAGAUAAGUCAGAUUCACUUCAUACAAAACAAGAUUUGCCUGAAGAAGUAAGCUCUUCUGAGGACCUUUCCAAAUUUGCUGAAGAUAGACACCGUGUAUUAACACCAGCAUCUGAUCAAGAUAUCCCAGAUUAUGACCAGCAACAAACACCUACAUCAAUGAGAAAUACAGAGCUUGGUAGUUCUUUAAUGUCAAAGUCAACCAUUGAAAAUGGGAAUGUUGUUAAUCAUAGUGCUUCAUGGUUGAAGUUUUCACCUGGAGAAUCACUGAGAGUAGAGUGCAAUGCACCAUCUUUUCCUUGCUUCUACUUUGAGGCAGAAUUGAAGAAUGGACCAUCAAAAGUCAAACAAAUGGGGUUCUUCUGCACUAAAACUUCACGGAAAAUCUACUGUGACCUUGUAGCCGGACAACUUUAUCUCCCCAAGACAUCCCACCAAACUCCAUCAAGUCAAGAAUGCUACAGAAGUCCAGAGGUUGUUGGCUGUGGAAUUCUGUGGCCAGCAGGAGUYGUCUUCUUUACUCUUGAUGGAGUCGGAACUGGAAAACACUACCMGUUUCCUUCAGGAGAUAUAAAUCUCAAUGAUAUUUUCCCAUAUAUUUCUUGUUCUCGUAUAAGCUGUAAUUAUGGACAGAAAUCAUUCUUGUUUGAAGGGGCAAAUUUUAAGGAAGUAAGCUUUGCUGGGGCAAAUUUGUUGCAUGGGCAUGGGCUUAGCAGUGAAAUAACAUCACAAAGCAAUGACUAAAACAUAAAACUGAUUCUUAUUCACAUAGGAAAGUAAAUUUUUGAGGUAUUGUUCGACCUAAGAAUGUAAUAUUCUAUACAAACAUUAUAAUGUCAACUAACUAAAUUGACAUUAUUGCCAAAGGUUACAGUAAUGUUGCAUUUUUUAAAAGUUUCUUAGUGUGUUGUUUUCAAGACUUUUCUUGAGUUUUUAUAGUGUUUUUUUUAUUAAAGGAAUAUAAUAUUGUUGGUCAUGUAAAUGAAGCGAGUGAAGAAGAAUUAAAAGUUGAAAAUCUUA